AUGUCGUCGCUUGUGAGUAUUAGCAAGAAGUUGGCUGGUCAGCGAGAGCAUCGAGAACGAGCCCAGCCGGCUCAUCGUGCCAAAUUGGGGCAACUUGAGAAGAAGAAGGAUUAUGUGCAGAGAGCCAAGGAUUAUCAGCAAAAACGGGAUACUAUCAAGAAAUUGAAGAAGCAGGCUCUUGAUAAAAACCAGGAUGAGUACCAUCAUCAUAUGAUCAAUAGUGAAACUCGGAAUGAUGGACGUCAUUUUGAGAAGCUUAAUGAAGCGCAGCAAGAGGAGACGGCGUUGCAGAGGAAAUUGGGAAGCUUGAAAGAUUUGCAAUAUGUGAAAUAUAAGUUGAAUGAGGAGAAAAAGAAAAUUGAGGAAAUGAAAUCGGAAUUGCACUUUGCCGAUUCGUCGUGCUUAUCAGCAAAAAAUACCCAUACAAUUUUUGUGGACGAUGAAGCAGAAGCGAAAAAGUUCGACCCGCGGGAAUAUUUCAACACGACGACGUCGAUGCUCUUCAGAAGCUAUAACAGGCUGAAAAACGACGAUCUUCAGGAGAAGCAGAUCAUUGGGGCUAAGAGUAAAGAGGAUGUUCGGAAAGCUGAUCGAUUGAGAAGGAGCCGUUAUAAUGAGCUGUUGAAGAGAAUGAAUCGAGCCAAGGAACUGGAAGUUGUCGUGAAUAAGUUGGAGCUCAAAAAGAAUCUAGCAGAAUCCUCGAAAUCGGAACUCAAGCCGGUUAGAGUAAAAAAGGCGAAGCCGAUGAAAGCGGCGGUCUAUAAAUGGCCAUAUGAAAGGAAGAAGUGA